AUGAACGAAGACAGACUGGUUUGUACAUUCUUCACUAAGAUUGGAGCAUGUCGUCAUGGGGAAAAGUGUUCUCGGAAACAUCUCAAGCCCGCCGUACUGUGUACGAUUCUUAUACCCAAUUUCUAUGUUAGCCCAUCAACAGAUAAGGAAGGAGGAGUUGAAGAUUUCUUUGAUAAUUUUUAUAUGGAUGUUUUUGUAAGACUAGCGGAGUUUGGAGAGAUUACUGGAAUGGUUGUUUGUGAGAAUGCCAACUAUCAUUUGAAUGGGAAUGUUUAUGUUAGAUAUAAGAAUGCUGAAUCUGCCCAACGAGCAGUAAUUGAAUUGAAUCAAUGUUGGUUCAAUGGGAGACCAGUUCACUGUGAGCUUUCACCGGUGGAAAACUUUUCUGAUGCUAAUUGCAGAGCCUACGACAACAAGAGUUGCAGUAGAGAAUACUGUAAUUUCAUGCAUACCCGAAGACCUAGUGGGAAGUUAAAGGGCUUACUAUAUAAGGCUCAGCAAAAGAGUUUGGUUGAAGAGAAACUAGAGAGAGUUAAAAAGAUGGUGAUGGAAGGGACAACAGAUCUGAAGAAGGAUCCACUUGCACCUGCUCCGACAUCAGCAUCUACAUUACUUGAAUCGAUGCUUAACUAG